AUGGAUGGCGACUUCGACUGUCUCGGGUUGGUGAAGAAGGCGUCUGCGGUCUCAAGCAAGCUUCACGUCAGCUCCGCUCCGGAGUUGAUUGCGCAGACAAAAGGCCGACCUCAAGACGCGUUUCGAGAUGACCGACAGUGGCAAGUGUACUUUGUACUGGCCAUCGAACUGGUGGACGAAUCGGAUGGCAGCGUGACGAUGUACCAGACAGUAUGUCAACGACAUCCUCAAGCGCUUCGGCAUGGAUGA